AUGACGCCAGUCUCUUUUUUCGACGCAUCAAACACUGAUCGAGUUGUUCUUCGUUACAGAUUAUCAGGAGAGCAUGGCCAUGCAAAGCAGUGGUUGUUGUCUGAUUUUGAGAUUGGUCGAGCUUUGGGCCGAGGCAAGUUUGGCCAUGUGUAUUUAGCGCGCGAGAAACAAAGCGGAUAUGUGGUGGCGCUCAAAGUUUUGUACAAGAAGCAACUGUGUACGCAUGGCGUGCAGCGUCAAUUACAACGAGAGAUUGAAAUCCAAGGCAACCUUCGACAUCCCAAUAUUCUCCGAUUGUAUGGCUAUUUCCACGAUGAAACGCGCGUCUUUUUGAUUCUCGAAUUGGCAGGCAAAGGUGAACUAUACAAUGAACUGCAACGUCAAGGUCGUUUCGCCGAAUCAGUUGCUGCCAAGUAUAUUAUGCAAAUGGCAAAUGCAUUGCUGUAUUUGCACAGCCAACGGAUCAUUCACCGUGACAUUAAACCUGAGAAUCUAAUGUUGGACGUUCGAGGAGAACUAAAAAUUGGCGAUUUUGGCUGGUCUGUUCGCACCGCCUCGACCGAAUCACGACGAACUACGUUAUGUGGAACGCUGGAUUACUUACCUCCGGAAAUGGUGCAAGGGGGACUCCACAAUGAGAAUGUCGACCUGUGGUCCAUGGGCGUCCUUCUGUAUGAAAUGAUUUGCGGUCAUCCUCCGUUUGAAGAUGAGAAAGGUUAUAUUGCUACUUACCAUCGUAUUGUCCAAGUGGAUCUGAAUAUGCCUGGUCAUGUCAGCGCAGAAGCAGCCGAUUUGAUCCGAAAACUUUUGCAAUACAGAUCCGUAGAUCGGUUACCACUGAGGAAAGUCUUGCAACAUCCAUUCAUCAUCAAACACCAACGCUCAGCUCAGUGA